AUGAAGUCCAUUCAACUAUCCUCCUUAAUAUUCUCUCUACUAUCACUCACUGAAGGAAUUUCUCUUAACAAGAGAGACAAUGGCCUCGAGCCUCGUGUUAUGAGCGUGGAGAUUCAGAGGCGGACAAUAUCUGAUCCUAUUUCCAACGAUCGAAGACGUCUUCGCAAGAGAGACGGGACAAUAGACAUUGGUAUUGACAAUGAACAAUCUCUUUACUUCCUCAAUGCAUCAUUGGGAACGCCACCUCAAGAUUUCCGUCUUCAUCUCGACACUGGAAGCAGUGAUCUAUGGGUCAACGCACAAGGCUCAAAACUGUGUUCUACUCACGCCAAUAUAUGCAGCGAAUCUGGUCUAUACAGUCCUAACAAGUCGUCGACUUAUGAGUAUUUGAACAGCGACUUCAACAUCUCAUAUGCCGAUGGCUCUGGUGCUUCCGGAGACUAUGCUACCGAGACGUUCCGCAUGGGUAGUGUAAAGCUUGAAGAUUUACAGUUUGGUAUCGGAUAUGUUACAUCUGACAACGAAGGCGUCCUUGGUAUCGGAUACAAGAGCAAUGAAGCUCAGGUCGGCCAACUCAACCGAGACGCUUACGAUAACUUGCCGGCCAAGUUGGCUUCCAAAGGUCUCAUCGCUUCUAAUGCGUACAGCUUGUAUCUGAACGACCUCGAGUCUGCCACCGGAACCAUCCUAUUUGGAGGCGUGGACCAGGAGCAGUAUACCGGCGAUCUAGUCACUCUCCCCAUCAACAAGAUUAACGGCGAGUUUGCCGAGCUCUCCAUCACACUACAGAGCGUCAGCGCAGACUCAGAAACUAUCGCUGACAACCUUGACCUUGCUGUUAUUCUCGACUCUGGCUCAACACUCUCAUAUCUCCCCGCCACACUUACGUCAGACAUAUAUGAUAUUGUUGGCGCUCAGUACGAGGAGGGAGAGUCUGUCGCAUACGUUCCCUGCGAUCUUGGAAACGAUUCAGGAAACUUGACGUUCAAGUUCAAAGACCCGGCAGAGAUCUCAGUACCGUUGAGCGAGCUGGUCCUUGACUUCACCGAUGUGACAGGGCGCCAAUUAUCCUUCGACAAUGGCCAGGCAGCCUGUACUUUUGGAAUAGCACCCACGACAGGAGACAUUUCUAUCUUGGGUGACACGUUUCUCAGAAGCGCCUACGUUGUUUUCGAUCUUGAGAAUAACGAGAUCUCACUAGCACAGAGCAACUUUGACGCUACAAAAUCGCAUAUUCUCGAGAUCGGUACCGGAAAGCAUCCGGUUCCUACUGCCACUGGUAGUGGUUCUUCUGAUAACAAGGAAAAUGCCGCUGCGUCACUUGCACCAUUAGGAGGCGACGCAGCUAUUUCUAUGGUUGCUGGGGCCUUUGCUCUCGGAAUGACUGCUUAUAUCGAGCUUGCAGCUUCUUGGCUCUUCAAAAACUCCAAGGGCAGAGAUGCAAGAGCUUUCUUCACCACCCCCGCCUUUGCUGAGCAUCCAGAGCCUACACUUGCUGUCACAUCUCCAGACUGUGGCCCAGAUGGUGCAACAUUGGGGAAAGACUACAUGCACGGUGAUCAGCACAAGUUUCCCGAGUUAUCCUGGGACCCUCACUCUGGUGUAAAAGAGUGGUUACUUGUGUCUGAGGACCCAGAUGCUCCCCUGACAACGCCAAUUUGCCAUGGAAUUUACUUGGGAAUACCCUCUGAGAAAACAAGAGUUGUCGAGAGUGACUUUGAGCCUGUUGAAAAGAGUUCCACUCGACUCGCGGGAGGCUUCUACUAUGGUGCGAGUCGUAACGGCUCGAUCUAUAUUGCUCCACGGCCACUUCUGAAUCAUGGCAUUCAUCGAUUAAUUGGUCUAAAUGAGCCUUUGGACGAGAAGUUCAAGACCUCCAAACCGAACAGGGAUCAAGUCGCAGAAGCCAUUAAUGGUAAGGUAGUUGUCUGGGGAAGAUGGAUGGGACAGUGCGAGAGAAGAUGGGAGUGA